UUCAACAGGCCACAUUUAAGAGGCGUCUCGUACACUCUGCUGCCGGUGGCUGGGACACAAUGGAUCACACAGGGGCAGUGGACACCGAGGAUGAGUUGGGACCUUUAGCCCAUCUUGCUCCAAGCCCUCAAAGUGAAGCCGUUGCCCACGAAUUCCAGGAACUCUCCUUGCAGUCCAGUCAGCACCUGCCCCCUCUGAACGAAAGGAAGAAUGUGCUCCAGCUGAGGCUGCAACAAAGGAGGACGAGAGAACAACUAGUGGACCAGGGCAUCAUGCCACCCCUGAAGAGCCCAGCGGCAUUCCACGAGCAGAUAAAAAGCUUGGAACGAGCCAGAACCGAAAACUUUUUGAAGCACAAGAUUCGGAGCCGACCAGAUCGUUCUGAACUUGUCAGGAUGCACAUUUUAGAAGAAACAUUUGCAGAGCCAUCCCUGCAGGCUACUCAGAUGAAGUUGAAAAGAGCUCGACUAGCUGAUGAUCUGAAUGAAAAGAUUGCUCAAAGACCUGGUCCUAUGGAGCUGGUAGAGAAAAACAUCCUUCCUGUAGACUCCAGUGUUAAGGAAGCAAUUAUAGGUGUUGGGAAGGAGGACUAUCCCCAAACUCAGGGCGAUUUCUCAUUUGACGAAGACAGCAGUGAUGCUUUGUCUCCAGACCAGCCAGCCAGCCAGGAGUCGCAGGGGUCAGCCGCGUCCCCAAGUGAGCCAAAAGUUAGUGAAUCGCCAUCUCCUGUGACUACAAACACUCCAGCCCAGUUUACUUCAGUGUCCCCAGCAGUUCCUGAAUUCUUGAAAACGCCUACUGCAGACCAGCCCCCAACACGGUCCACAGCGCCUGUCCUCCCCACCAACACCGUGUCCUCAGCAAAGCCUGGGCCAGCACUGGUGAAGCAAAGCCACCCCAAGAAUCCAAACGACAAGCACCGUAGCAAAAAGUGCAAGGACCCGAAGCCCCGGGUGAAGAAGCUGAAGUACCACCAGUACAUCCCGCCGGAUCAGAAGGGGGAGAAGAGCGAGCCGCCCAUGGACUCCAACUACGCCCGGCUGCUCCAGCAGCAGCAGCUCUUCCUGCAGCUGCAGAUCCUCAGCCAGCAGCAGCAGCAGCACUACAACUACCAGACCAUCCUGCCUGCGCCACUCAAGCCACUCAAUGACAAGAAUAACAACAGUGGGAAUCCAGCUUUGAACAACACCACAUCUAACACACCAAGACAGAAUACAUCUGCUCCUAUGAGAAAGCCAGGGCCUCUGCCUUCUAGCUUGGAUGACUUAAAGGUGUCGGAGCUGAAGACAGAACUGAAGUUAAGGGGUCUUCCAGUGUCAGGCACCAAACUGGACCUCAUUGAACGCCUGAAACCCUACCAGGAAAUGAACAGCGGUGGUGCUGCUACCGGUGGCAUCGUGGCCCUGUCGACAUCUGCCAUUGUCCCCAGUAACCCAGAAGUUACCAUGGCCCUGCCAGUGACAACACUGCAGAACUCUGUGACCAGCUCAGGCUCCACUUUCAAGGGAGAGCUGCCAUCCACUGGAUCCAGCAGCACAGCCCACGUGGACGGUGUUAGCUCCCCGCUGCCCAUCUCACCUGCACCCUCUGAACAGUCCAGUCUCAGCGCCGAGGACGCGAGCGUGGCGGACACGUUCACCGAGAUCAUGACCAUGAUGUCCCCGUCGCAGUUCCUGUGCUCGUCGCCUCUGCGAGCCACGAGUACCGAGGACAGCCUCAGCCCCACCAGCAGCACGCUGUCCACCCUGGAGCUCGACGCAGCCGAGAAGGACCGCAAGCUCCAGGAGAAAGAGAAGCAGAUCGAAGAGCUGAAGCGGAAACUGGAACAAGAGCAGAAGCUCGUGGAAGUUCUGAAGAUGCAGCUGGAGGUGGAGAAACGAGGGCAGCAGCAGCGGCCACUGGAGCCCCCGCCCAGCACCCCGGCCCCUCCAGUCCCCAAGUCAGACCAGGCUCGGGGCGGCACCGCUCCCGCCGCCAAGGACGAGGCCCUGGUCCCCGACGGCCCCAGCCUAGUGGCCGGCCAGACCCUCGUUGCCAAAAAGGCCAUAGUGAUCAAGCAAGAGGUCCCCGUGGCCCCGGCCGAGCCACCAAGCCUCGUCCCGCAGUUUUACACUCCACCACAAACAGGCAUCCAGACUCAGCCUCAGAUAGCAACUGCCACCUUGUCCUCAGGCCUGGCCCAGACUGCACCUCAGAAACAAGACACUUUCACGCCACAUGUGCUCAGUCAACCUCAGCAAGUCAGAAAGGUUUUCACAAACUCAGCAUCCAAUACAGUUCUUCCGUAUCAGAGACCACCGGCUCCAGCGGUGCAGCAGCCCUUUAUCAACAAGACAAACAGCAGCAUCCUUCAACCCAGAAGCACGCCACUUCCGUCCCUGCAGAACGGCCCCAACCCUCCCAACAAGCCCGGCUCGCCCCCUCCGCCCCAGCAGUUUGCCGUCCAGCACUCUCUGUUUGGGAGCCCAGUCCCCAAGACGAAAGACCCUCCCCGCUACGAGGAAGCCAUCAAGCAGACGCGCAGUGCCCAGUCCUCCCUUCCAGAGAUUUCCAAUGCACACAGUCAGCAGAUGGACGACCUCUUUGACAUCCUCAUUAAAAGCGGAGAGAUUUCCCUCCCUGUAAAAGAAGAACCAUCUCCUAUUUCCAAAAUGAGACCAGUGACAGCCAGCAUCACCACAAUGCCAGUCAGCACAGUGGUGUCCCGGCCACCACCCCAAGUCCAAAUGGCACCACCCAUAUCCUUAGAACCUAUGAGCAGUUUAUCUGCCAGCUUAGAGAACCAGCUAGAAGCCUUCUUGGAUGGCACUUUGCCUUCAGCCAGUGAAAUUGCUCCACUGCAAAGCAGCAGCGAGGACAGGGAACCCUUCUCCCUGAUAGAGGAUCUCCAGAACGACCUGCUGAGUCACUCAGGCGUGCUGGACCACUCACACUCACCCAUGGAAACUUCCGAGGCCCAGUUUGCUGCGAGUACUCCCUGCCUGUCCCUUGACCUUUCUGACUCGAACCUGGACAACAUGGAGUGGUUAGACAUUACCAUGCCCGGCACGUCAUCGGGACUCACUCCUCUCAGCGCCACUGCUCCGAGCAUGUUCUCUGCCGACUUCCUAGACCCACAGGACCUACCACUGCCAUGGGACUAA